AUGGAAUCUCAGAACAGUGAGAUACCAUUAUCACAAAAUGUUUCAUCUAGUGGUGCUCGUCCUAGAAGUGGGCACUCCAAAAGCACCAGUAUUCCGCCUAGACCUCCUGCAACGUCUUCCUCCACUUUUGCACCAUCUUCCGGUACCACCACAGUACCCAAUGCUCAAACAGAAGGUGGGGGGACAACAUCGAAAAAAGGAAAGACAGAUAUGAUGUUUGGAGACAUUUCACACACUUGGAGAUGGGUGGAGUGAAAAAAGCUCGAUGCAACUACUGCAAUAGUGCUCUUGUAGCUAACGGGACAUCUACUCUACGGACCCACAAGGAUAAUUGUUUGGCAAAGAUAGCAAGGGGUGAUCUUGUAGUCGAGCUUCCGUCAUCUUUUGAAGGCCAGGUACACACUCUUGGUUCUUGGCAAUUUAAUCAGACUGAUGCUAGGAGAGCUUUAGCGGAGAUGAUAAUUCUAGAUGAAUUGCCAUUUAGAUACGUUGAACAUGAAGGGUUCAAACGCUUUAUGUCCCGUGUUUGUCCUAUGUUUGUGCUGCCUAGCCGACAAACUGUUAGAGAAGAUUGCAUCAAGGUGUUUUUUGAAAACAGAGAUAUGUUAAAGGAUUAUUUCAAAGCUAAAUGUUUGGGGAUGGUAUCUCUCACAACUGAUUGUUGGACGUCUUUGUCCAAUCUCAACUACAUGUGUGUUACUGCACAUUUCAUCGGUAGGGAUUGGAAGCUGUAUAAGAAAAUU